AUGCCCCCGGCCGCACCUGACGAUUUGAUCCGCCAGCAUAGUCGGUCGCUUGAAGACGAUCCACCCUUCGGUACUGAUCAAACCCGCAUUAUUUCGGAGCAUGAGUCAAGUGGAAAGAGUAAGAAGAAGAAGAAUAGUAAGAAGGCCAAGGCGGCCAAGGUUGUAGCAGAAAGCCCUCCAGAUGAUGUGGACAAUACGAUUCAACCACUAGAGCCUAAAUUGGUGGAGCCAUCGUCCUGUCCAGAGCCUACUCUGGGUCAUCAUGUUCCGCCCCCCGUUACUUCGCCCGUUCUGGACGCACUUGGGGCAAUUGAAGGCAACGACGAACACGAUUUCACAUGUCGCACUGAUACGUGGGCUAAAUCGGUGCCUUAUGGGAAAAAUGGCGAUCUUCCUCAUGAUUCGCCUCUGAACUUUCCCACUAUUCAAGCACGGGGUGGCUUUAGUCAACCUUCUUCUGCAUCUCCGCCAACCCAGAUUCGUCCUUUCAGCUACAGUAGUGGCUACCGAAGCAAUAUGAACUCAAGACAGCAGUCUAUUGACCGACGGAAGAGUCACUCAUAUGGAAGUCCCAUGAGUAACAUGGCACCUUUGCCCCAUCUCCCCCAGGCGCACUUCUAUGGAGCCCCGGAGAUUGACCUUCCAGCUGCCCAUCCUCGCUCUACUACAGAUGGCACAUAUUCAUUCUGUGCAUUUGAUACUCUGCCGAAUCCGUCCAAGGCAUCACGGGGUGCUUUGAAUGUUCUGGUGAUAGGAACAGACGGAAGUGUGGAAGUUCAGGCGAUUGAGGAUCAUGGCACUCGUUUAGUUGGUCAGAUCACCGGCCUUAAUGGACGUGUUCUGGAAGCCAAGAUUUUGCCUGGUCACGUUGGCAUGGAGUCACCUGUCUCACCUCAGCCUCACGUGGUGGUGAUUGUUCAUGGGCCAUUGGUACCGAAUGACGACGAGGAGCACCCGGUCUCCUCUGCGGGCUCGGAGAUCAAUGAGGUACCUCCAUCUAUGACUCGUGGUCGCUCAAGUGAUCGACGCCCUGGCAGGGAGGAAAAGUUCUACCAAACCCGCGUGGAAGUAUAUUCUCUUCGGUCAGGGACUCAUGCUGCAACUCUAUUUACCAGCAAAGCGAUCCCCUGUCUUGAGAAUAUUCCUGGGCUUCCAUCUUUUGCACCAGCACCGGUCGGUAGCCUAAAGUUACUGGUUAGUGGAAACCAUGUUGUCGUGGCCUCCGGGGUCAGUGGCGAGGUCUACGUUUAUCGCCAGACUUCUUCCGUGACAUAUCAAUGUCUUGGAAAGGUUUGGACGAAUGUACAGGCUGGCGAAAAACGACGAUAUUCUACCUCGUCUAACUCAACUGACCCAGAUGGGUCUCACAACGAGCUACCCCGCACUACCUUGGCCGAGCGUCCAAUAUUGGCUUUGCAGGGAAGAUGGCUCGCAGUGGUCCCUCCAUCUGCCUCACAAAGAGUAUCGAUUCAGGGGCUGGUCCCUUCCGGUUUGAUGCACAGUAGGGCUCAAGGCUAUGAGGCCCGGAACCCGCCUACCAUCCCGUCGGUGAACUGUGGGACAGAUGUGGGAGAUGGGGAAAGCCUUUUCGAUAAAGUCGCGCGAGGUGUCACGCAAGAAUUAGUUAAAGGCGCUCGCUGGAUGGGCGACCAGGGAAUGCAAGCGUGGAAUUCGUAUUGGAACAACCAACAGUCUACUGGCACUCCUCCUCAGCGGCCAACCCGGGGCACUGAUUCUCCCAUCUCGGGAUAUAGCCUUUUCCCGCCAACUCAUGCUCAGGACACUCAAUCUACCUCAUCCCCCGAACCUGACACCGUCUCUAUCAUCGAUCUUAAGCGGUUUGACGAUGGCAUGGAUCCAAAGACCGCAUCUCUUCACCCUCUGUCAACCUUCCAAGUGCCCAACGGCUGCAGCUUUCUCUCAAUUUCUCCAAAUGGGUUAAUGCUCUUCACUGCCAGUAAGAAGGGCGACGUUCAAUAUGUUUGGGAUCUCAUGCAACUCAAGAAUUGUCGAGCCAUGGCUUUCAUGACUGAUAAUCUGGCUGAUCAAAACUCCAGUGUGCGGCAGAUUGCAAGAUAUGCUCGUUUGACUACGUCUAGUAUUGUCGAUGUGAUCUGGACUGCGCCCGUGGGUGACCGGCUUGCUGUUAUUACACGCAAGGGCACCAUCCAUGUCUUUGACCUACCUCGAAGUGCAUUUCAAUGGCCACCUUUCCGUCGUGUACGCUCUUCUGCCAAGAAGUCGCCCACGAUUGACCCGACUAAUGAUGAUAUCGCAGGGCAGCCGAGUGGGGGCAACCCUCUGUCGGCGGCUAUCAAGCUAGUUGGAGGCAGGACGCAGCCAUUCUUUUCAGCUGUGCGAGGCCGCGUUCCAUCCACUAGUAGCACUUCAUUUCCCAACAUUAGUUCCUUUGCCCUGCCUACAGCUGCUACCAUUAAAGGUGGAAAGGUUGUUGCAACGGGACUUGGAAAGUCCAUGGGUGCUGCGGCUACUGGAACUGUUCAUACCUUGCGACAUGCGGGAGAGAACCGGUUACAUCUGAUGGGACUGGCGAGAGAUCCAGCAUCUCAUCGUGUAGUUUGGAUCUGCAACAAGGGUUCGAUCUACUUGGGAGUGGUCGAUGAGGGAGACUUCAAAUUGUACCGCCUUAAGCGUGGUGCAACUAGCCAUAAGCACCGGCAAAUCCACACCGUGUUUGGCGGGAAAGAGAAGCAAUACAAGUUACCCGCCAUUUUGCACAAUCCAUGCGGACCGGCACCGCUUAUGCCAUACGACCCAGAACUUGUAGUCCAGGGGGCUUUAUUAUUACCAUCCGCCAGUGCACAUCCAUCUAAUAUGAGUCGACCUCUCUGUCAGCCUCUCUCUCAAGCUGAGAUUGAGACAAAUACUCCUUACCAGCCCUUCCAUACUGACCAGCGAGUUGGUUUGCAUGUUUAUUCCUCCCAGGGAGGUAAACAUGAUCUGAGUUUAGCAGCUCCGAGUGGUCAGUGGGUUUUCGGAGGUGAAAUUCCGACCACCAAAGUGCAUGUGCGGUCCUACAGUAAUACAAGUGAAGACGCGACAGAUGAUCAAGACGAUGCUGGAGCCAUUCACGGCCAUUCAAUCGGUGCUGGUGGAGACAUGGAGAACCUGAUUAGUCUGGCCAACAGUACUGGUCACAUUGAAGAGGUUGUUAUCACCACCCGACGCAAGAAGAAGUCAUCGGCGCCUCUUAAGGCCGAUGAUGGCUUCUUUGAGGAUGAUUGUGAAGUCCUAGACUUUGCUCGAGAUCGGGUUUGA